UGCCCGAAUCCUCCCCCUUUUCCCCUACCCGCUCCCCACUUCACACUCGCUUCCACUCCAUUCCAUCCCCGCCCCGCUCCGCUCGCCGCGCCGCGCAAUGCCUGCCCACGCGCUCGCCGCCAGGGGCCGCGGGCGGCGGCUUCCCAUUCCGCCGCGCUGACGAGAGGGCCUAUCUCGGUGUGGGGGGACGCUGCGGCCUGCGGGUGUUUGCUUGGUUCUGGAGGAGGGGGAGUGAGGCGAUGGGGAGGCAGCAGGAGGGGAAGCGGCGCGGGGAGAAGGACGGGAAGCGGAAGGGGACGGGGAAGGCUAAGGCUAAGGCGGCGGCGGUGGUGGUGGAGGACGCGGCGCCGGUGACCGGAUGCUGGAUCCGCUUCCCGCGCCUCCGCGGCUGCAUGUCGUCGCGCGCCAAGGUCGACUCCUCCACCAGCGGCGGCGGCGGGGAAAGCAAACCAGCGAUUGAUGGCUGCAAAGACUGCCAAGACCAAUCAGUCCCACCAGCCUCUUGUUCCACAACAACCAGUAACACCGGAAGUAUCUCACCUUCUUCCAUAGUUGGAGAGGAGCUUAAACUAGCUUUCCAACUGCGUAGAUUUACUUUUAAUGAACUGAAGUGUGCCACGAGAAACUUCCGACCUGAGAGUCUUCUUGGUGAGGGAGGUUUUGGCUGUGUCUUUAAAGGGUGGAUUGAGGAGAAUGGAACUGCUCCUGUUAAGCCAGGCACUGGAUUGACUGUUGCUGUCAAGACACUCAACCAUGAUGGGCUUCAGGGGCAUAAAGAGUGGGUGGCAGAAGUUGAUUUUCUUGGAAACCUUCAGCAUCCACACCUAGUGAAAUUGGUCGGUUACUGCAUUGAAGAUGACCAGAGGUUGCUCGUAUAUGAAUUUAUGCCCCGUGGAAGUUUGGAGAAUCAUCUUUUUAGAAAGUCGUUGCCUCUCCCAUGGGCUAUUAGAAUGAAAAUUGCUCUUGGUGCUGCCAAAGGCCUUGCUUUUCUUCAUGAAGAAGCCGAAAGACCAGUAAUAUAUCGGGAUUUCAAAACAUCCAAUAUUCUUUUAGAUGCGGACUAUAACGCGAAACUCUCUGAUUUUGGACUUGCUAAAGAUGGUCCUGAGGGUGAUAAGACUCAUGUAUCAACUAGAGUCAUGGGAACCUAUGGAUAUGCUGCACCUGAAUAUGUAAUGACAGGUCAUCUGACAUCAAAGAGUGACGUAUAUAGCUUUGGUGUGGUGCUACUAGAGAUGAUGACCGGUAGAAGGUCAAUGGACAAGAACAGACCAAAUGGGGAACAUAACCUAGUUGAAUGGGCGCGGCCCUAUCUCGGGGAACGACGCCGAUUUUACAAGCUUGUAGAUCCCCAUUUGGAUGGGAACUUCUCGAUAAAAGGCGCUCAGAAGACGGCUCAGCUGGCCCACGCCUGCCUCAGCCGUGACCCCAAGGCCAGGCCUCUGAUGAGCCAAGUGGUGGAGGUCCUGAAGCCUCUCCAGAACCUCAAGGACAUGGCCAGCACUUCCUACUUCUUCCAGUCCAUGCAACAUGAGCGGCGCACAGCCCUUGCCAGCCCACAAGGCAGUCAAAGCAUGAAGGCGCAGAGCACCUUUGCACGGAACGGGCAGCAGCCACUAAGAAGCCUCUCAUAUGGUCCGCAUGCUUCCCCGUACCGCCAGUCCCCAAGGCCUGAUGGCAAGAGGCAGUGAAACUCAUGGUGCUUAUCUUGCCACCAUGAUCGAUUUCAAGACCUGCGUUCCAUCCAGAACUGGAAGAUUGAUGGGACCUGCCGUGCUGUACCAUCCAUGGCAUCUCAGCUCCCUAAGCUGUGGAUAAAGCAGCGACGACGAUUGGUGGUGUGAAAAGUUUUUCUUGUUAUUGCCUAGAUUUUAGCUGUCCUAUGUUUACAAAAACUCUUGAUACCUUGACCCGGAAGGUGGGAUUAAACAGGGUUUUGGUCGUCUCUCAAACAAUGAUCAGGCAGCAGAUGCUUAGCUCUCUGAUCUGUUUAUUCAAACUGUCGGUCGCUUUGUAAUUAGUUGCCAUGUGGAGAAAAAGGUAAAAAGGAGGCAACGGAUGAAAGAUCA